AUGGCGGAAAUGGUAACGUAUUUACCUAUAUCUUCGCCCUUUGUGAGAUUUGCAGGCCGGUUUGUUGAUGAGGCUUUCGGAGUUGCGGUUGGAUGGAACUUCUUCAUCUUCGAGGCCGCCCUGGUUCCGUUCGAGAUCGUGGCUUGCAAUUUCAUCAUUCAUUAUUGGAGUGAUGCUGUGCCGGCCGCAGCCAUCAUAACCAUUGUCAUAGUUCUUUAUGCAGCGUUCAAUGUCUUUGCCGUCCAAUGGUAUGGAGAGUCAGAAUUCUGGCUAUCACUAGGAAAGGUCAUCCUCAUCGUCGGUGUGCUAUGCUACACAUUUGUCACCAUGAUUGGUGGAAACCCCUUAGGGGAUAGAUAUGGGUUUCGAUACUGGAGGGAUCCUGGAGCGUUCACUACUACUUACAAGACGGGCAGCCUUGGUCUAUGGCUAGGAUUUCUCCAGUGCUUGAUCCUCGCCAGUUUUACAAUUGCAGGACCUGACUAUGUCUCUAUGGCAGCUGGGGAGGCGGAAAACCCGAGGGUGUCGAUGCCAAAGGCUUACAAGGCUGUGUUCUACAGACUGACUGCAUUCUUCAUGCUUGGGAGCCUGGCGAUUGGUGUGAAUGUGCCUUACAACGACAAGACGAUGCAAGAUGCAUUUCUUAAGGAUCUACCAGGUGCCACUGCAUCGCCAUAUGUCAUUUCCAUGCGCAGACUGCAGAUCCGUGUACUUCCAGACAUUGUCAACGCCAUGGUCCUAUCUGCAGCUUUCAGUGCCGGAAACAGCUACGUUUACUGUGCUAGCCGAUGUCUCUAUGGUCUGGCUCUCGAAGGCAAAGCACCUCGCAUCUUCACCCGCUGCGCGAAGAACGGGGUGCCUAUCUACUGUGUGGGCGUUGUAUUGCUCAUUGCACUGCUGAGCUUCCUGCAAGUGUCGAACAGCGCCUCUAUCGUACUGCAGUGGUUCGUCAACCUCGUCACGGCAUCGCAGUUGCUCAACUUCUCGGCCAUAACAUUCACGUAUAUGCGGUUCUACAAGGCACUGAAGGCACAGGGUAUCUCAAGAGAUUCACUGCCGUUCAAGAGUCGAUUCCAGCCUUAUCUUUCAUAUUAUGCCUUUAUUGGGCCUUUUGUCAUGGUCUUUGUUGGGGGAUACCCGGUGUUCUUGCCAGGGAAUUGGAGCCUACCAACUUUCCUCUUCUCCUAUACAAUGAUUGCGGUAUGCCCUUUGAUAUUCUUGGGAUGGAAGUGGUUCAAGCGCACCAAGUUUUUGAAGCCUGAGGAGGUGGAUUUGAUUGAUGGUGUGGAGGAAAUCGAGGUGUAUACCCGGAACUAUGUAGCCACGCCUCCAGGGAACCUGUUUGAGAAGAUUUUGAACUUCAUAUUUUAA